AUGUUUGUUGUAGGAGGUCAGCUAUUGACAACGGAUGCUCCCUAUCGGAUUUUCCCAAGAGUGACUUAUGAGAAUAUUCAAAAGUCAUUGGGAUUUCGGAAUUAUCGUCAUAUUUCCCACUACUUAAAGGAAAGAAAUAUUGAAGAAGAAGGGGUAAGAGAUUCAUUCUUUGACAUGCAAGCUGGUCAUGCACGAAGUACGGCUUUGCUAAUUUAUGGUCGCACUUCCGACAAUUUGAAUAACUUGCCGGCGGAUUUUUUCACAAACUUUUUUCGGGCAAGUUUUCGAUGGCAAGAGCUGUUAGAAAUCAAAGACAAUAGUAGCGGUGGAUUCAUAAUUGAGACCAGCAAGCCACAAAACAAAAUUGACCAAUUAUUGGAAAAAGCUGACGAGAUAAAAACGAUGCAACAACGUUUGGCGGUAUGGAAAGCGAAAGAAGUGCAGACACAAGCACAAACUGAGACGCAGGACGGCGACACUUAUGGAAACACCGAUGUCGUCGAAAAAGAGACUCGUCGUGGGGAAGGAAAACAAUGUCAAGAGCUGGAUUUGAAUUUGAAUACGAACCAAGCAGCGGUUGCUGUUGUACCAAGGACCAGGACAACGACUGAGACUGGGACUGGGACUGGGACCGAAGAACAGCAAAUACAAAGUAACCCAAGUUUGUAUGCAUCACCAUCACCAUCUAUGUGUCCAUCUCAAUCGACGAUUCGACUUUGCGUGUAUGCUUUAUCAAAGUUUUAUGGUAAGCCAUCAAAGUUUCGUUCUAUGGAGCAACUUCAGUCUGUCUAUUUUUCGUAUUUGAAACGUGUCAACUUGAUCUCGGUACUUGCAACAGGUUCAGGGAAAUCUCUAUCUUUUUUAUUGCCCGCCUUUAUUGAAAAGCAAAAGCGGACUGGACUUAUUACCGUCGUUCUGGUACCUCUCAUCUCUCUAUGGCAGGAUAUGGCACGAAGAGCAAACGAAGCGAAAACUCUGGUUUGUUCUAAUGACUGGAAAGUAUAUAAGCGGACUCCGCCAGAUUCAUAUAAUCUACCGGACAUGUUUAUUCUUUCUUAUGACUCGGCAUUGACGAACGAAGCACUGUGUUUUUUUGAGAGUCUUGCGGCCAAUGGACGGCUGGCCCGCAUUGUUAUUGAUGAGGCGCAUAGUUUGUUGACAGAUGGCGGUUGGAGGCACGUUUUGUGGAAAGCGUCAAGGUUGUCUGGAAUUGCGGCGCCAAUCAUUCUUCUUAGCGCUACGUUUCCCCGUGAACUGGAGGCUCGUGCUAGCGAGACGUUUUGUACGCACUUUCAAGGAAUCAAAACACUAACGGCUCGAAAAAACAUUCAUUAUUUAUUAAAGCAGCUUGACAAGGAACAGUUUUUAAGCGAUCUCCGCGACUUGAUGAUAAGAGCUGGAGUUUUUGAGGGAAAUGGCCGAGCAAUUCUAUUUUGCCGGACAAAGAAAAACGUGGAGGAAUUGCAGGUCAAAAUAAAUUCUGCAGAAAGGAUCGAAACUUGUGCCGUUUCGUAUACAGGUGAUAUGGCAGAGGAAGAGCGACAUACAUGUUUUAAUAUGUUUACAGACUUGGAAAGCAACAACAAUCGUAUUAUGGUGGCCACGAAAGCUUUUGGGCUUGGUAUCGAUUACCCGGAAGUGCGUCUUGUAAUUCACUAUGGGUCACCGUCUACGUCUAUGGAUUUUGCUCCGGAAACAGGUCGUGCUGGAAGGGAUGGCAAGUUUUCGAUUGCUUCUAUGUUUUACAGCAAGUAUGAAGUGUCUACGUCAGCGUAUAUUGACGUUAGGAUGAAAAACUUCGUUGAGGACAAAUCAAUGUGCGUUCGGUCGUUUUUAGCAAGUGAGAUGGAUGAUCAAUGCAGUGGUUGUGACUUUUUGCCUGACUAUGUCGUUUGUUCUCGAUGUAACCCGGGAUUACUGGAUGAAAGAGAAAAAGAAACAGAAAAAGAGCUGCUCUCUGUUGAGAAGGACAAGGUCAAAGACAAAGACAAAGACAAAGACAAGGAGACAUUGACACCGACACGGAAGAAGAAUCUUGCCAGUGGAUCACCACCCACACCGCAAAGCGCUUGUUCUUCAGAUGCUUUGUCUGCUGAUUCAAAAUUGAUGAAUUGCACAAUCACAAAGGAUAACGAAGAAAGUGGUGUAGUUAUGGUCGAGUCACCCCAGUAA